GAGCGCGGCGCGCGGGCCCGGCCGUUUGAAGGCGGCGGCCUCGGCGGGAGGGCCGGGCUGGGGGUCCCGGCGGGUCCCUGGGGGUCCCCGCGGCCCCGGGCGGGCGGCCAGGUGAGCGGGCGGGGCCCGGCGGGGCGGCUCUGCCCUCCUCCCAGCCGGCACCCCCGGCGCGGGGCAGAGCUGGGGCUGCCUGCCCCGCGGGGCCCUGCCCUGGGGCGGGCUCCGCUUGUGUCGCACCUGGCCGCGUCUCUCGUCGCCUUUAAGGUUACCCUGGCGGGUUUUUGGCGUUAACGCCGAGCCCUGCUUCUAGUUUGCUGGUUCCGCCGCGGUCCCUGUCGUCUGUAGUUGCCAGGCGGUCUGUGGGAGCGGGCGGAGGGUCUGCAGCAGGUGGCAGGGACAGGCCUCCCCUUCCAGCUCCGCUGCCUCACGCCGAGAGACAAAGGGACAUGCAUCACUUUGAGGAAGAGCUGACAUGUUCCAUUUGCUACAGCAUAUUUGAAGAUCCACGUGUUCUGCCCUGUUCCCACACGUUCUGUAGGAAUUGUCUGGAAGGUGUUAUUCAGCUGUCAAGCAACUUUUCCAUCUGGAGACCCCUGAGAGUUCCUCUGAAGUGCCCCAACUGCAGGAGUAUUGUUGAAAUCCCUGCUGCUGGCACCGAAGCCUUGCCAAUCAACUUUGCAUUGAAAGCUAUUAUUGAAAAGUACCAGCAGGAAGAUCACUUGGAUGUCACCACCUGCAGUGAGCACUACAGGCAGCCCCUGAACGUGUACUGCCUGCUGGACCGAAAGCUGGUGUGUGGCCACUGCCUCACCAUAGGCAAGCACAACGGCCACCCCAUAGAUGACCUUCACAGUGCCUACAGGAAAGAAAAGGAGGCUUCUGGAAAACUUCUCGAGCAGCUGACUGAUAAACACUGGACAGAUGUGUGUUUGCUUAUUGAAAAGCUGAAAGAGCAGAAGUUCCAGUGUGAAAGCAUCAUUCAGGAGGAUAAGAAAGCAGUAGUACAGUAUUUUAGGAAGCUCAGCGAUACCUUGGAGCACAAAAAACAAGCACUGCUGGCUGCCCUGGAUGAAAUUAACACCCACAUUUUGGAGGAGUAUGAGCCUCUCAUUGAGAAAUUGAAAAAAAUCAGGGGAGAGCAGCUGGAACUGAUGUCACUGAACACGUCGAUUCAGAAGGAAGAGUCCCCGCUGGUUUUCCUUGAGAAGGUGAAUGAUCUGCAUCAACGUGUGAGAGCUUUGAAGCAGAAGCAACUGCCAGAUGUUAAACCUGUGGAGAUUCACCCAAGGAUUGGGCACCUGUUGAAAGAUGUCUGGUCUAAAACUGAAAUCAGGCAGAUCAACAAGCUCCUCACCCCAAAAAUAGAACUGAUCCCAAAGAGGAAGUUACACAGCAAAGGCAGCGGGAAGGAAGGAAGACGACCUAAAGAACUUCUCCAGGCUGUAAAUCCUUUGGCAGGCCUGCUUCUGUUUGUCCUCCUUGUGGUAACACUGAUUUCACUGCACAAAACAGCCUCAUCAGUUGCAAUCAAAGCUAUUCCUGCUUAUAUUUCAGAAUUCUUGCUCUUUAUUUAUCGAGAUUUCUGCUUCAAUUUUCAGAAUGUAGAGGAUGUGCUGAUGGAGUUUUUAGCGAGGAUUACUUCUCUUUGUCUGUUUCAACAAUUCAAUUAAAAGAUAGUGUAGGAAUCCUCAGGAUAUGUAUUUUUUUUUAUUUCCACUUAGAAGCUGGGCUGUUAAAGUUCUACACUUCUUUCUACUUCCGUAUCCUUCCUUCUUUAUUGUAUAGAUUUCCUCUUAACUCUCAGUUAACUGAGAAGAUUUGCAAGAGAAGAUUCUGCUCACACAAGACAGCAGGUAGGUAGGUAGGUGUUGGUCAGAAACAAUGUCUGCAUACAGAAGCUAUAAUCAAUUUAGAAACUGUAAUCAGGAAUCCUGUUUGUAGAAACUCCUCCAACAUGUACUAGAUUUUUUUUUUAAUAACAAGUUUUUAAAAUGUAAAAAAACCACCGUGGGAUAUAAACUGGCUAGUCCUGGAUGGGGUCAGUCACCAGCUCUGGUGUACAAAAGCUCCCAUUUUGUGUUUACUGACCUCUCUCUAAGCAUAAAAACUACACUUAAGUGUAGUUUUUAGGGUUUUAAAGCAUAUAUUCACAGCCUUGGGUUUCAUUUUAUUUGUUCCUGGUUACUGGCAGAUGACAUUUUAUCUUUUUUUUUUUUCUCUAAACUGUGUUUAAUGACUUUGUGUCUUUUGAAUGAAUCUCUGGGUUAGAGCAGUAUCUGCAGGACAAGGGGUGCAGUACUGCAUACAGGUUUUUAGUGCCACAUGCAGUUUUUUAGUGCCAGCUGUGCACAAAUCAGGUGUUGGUUCAGUCUGGCAGGGAGCUCCCACUGCUCACUGAAAUGAGCCCUGACUUUUUGCUGAAUCAUUUAAUCUGUAGUGAGAAGAGGUGCAGACUGGAAUGAGCAGCAAAAUUCCCACUGAAGUCAGUGCUACGAGGAUUUCAAAUCUUGUCAAGUGCCCUUAAAACAACUUGACAAUGAAUGCAAAUUUGUAUUCAGCUUUCCAGCACAAAUAGCAGAGCUCUUUACCUGGACAGGGAGGAGGCACGUUAGCAUUUCAGUCAUGGGAUCACUAGCAGUGUUCACUCCUUGGGAUGGGAUGUUGCAGCCUGAGCUGUGCUCAGGAGGGAAAUCUCCAGUGAAAGCUGCUUCAGCUCUGGGUUAACAGCCUGAUGGCAGGGAGUGGAGUUAGAACAGAACACGGAUGAGCUUACAAAUCACUAAAAAACAAAAAAUGAUUAUUCAUUUGCCAUGUCUUAUUGUAUUUGACUUGAUAAAAAUAAUAGGAUAUUGUAGCAUGGCAGCAUUCCUUGGCUGUCGUGUAUUUUUAAAUACUAGAAGUUGUUUAAGUAGGGAUUGAAUUCUGAGGCUCAUGUUUAAAUACCGGGUGUUUUAAACCCUUGUGCAAAUCAAAACGUGCCCGUUGCUGCCAGCAGGAACUCGUGCUGCUUCAGUGAGAGCUGAGGGCAAGGCCAGCCCUCAGUUGUGAUGCUGAUGCAUUCCUGAAGCCUAAAUUAAGAUCCUAAAAACAGUGGUACCCUAGUACUGUUGUAGUGAGAAACCCUGAGGCACAGCCCUGUGCAGCUCCCUUCCCUGCUGCUCGGCGGGGCUGAGUGUCCAGGUUGGACUGAGGCAGGAGCCAGCAGCUCCCCAGAGUGGGCUUUGCCUGCCUGUUAGGGCUGGUUUCUACUAAGUUUUCUGUAAUAUUUAUUAGAGCUACAAAGGCAGAUCCCAUCAAUACUAUUAGUCAGGUUCUGAAACGGUGUUUAGGUUUAUCCUGGGAAUGGAUAAAUGCUGGUGUAUUCAUUUCCAAUUAAACUGGGGAGUUGUCUUUCUCGUAAGCCCUGCUAAUGAAGAAGGCUGUCACUUGGUACAUAAGGUACCUCAAAAUGUGGUGCCAAGUGUCUGUCCCUCCCCACACGAGGCUGCUUUCUUGACUUCCCUCCUUUUUAUUUUCCUGACUUCUACAAACUAACAGUUUAUAAUGCAAUUUUAUUUUUUAAGCCUACAGGAAUUUAUAAAAUGCCUUUAUCACAGAUGGCAACGUUUAGUACUUGUACUUCUACUGCACUGUAUCUUUUAAUAAAUUUGCAGAAAAAUAAAAUGUAUUCUUGCAGUA